GGGGAAAAUACCAUUCAUCUUGCUUGUUUACCCUUGCCCGCUUGCCCACCAUGACUUCUCUACCCCCAGCUCAGUGCUGCAUCGGCGGCCAUCUGCACAAAGGCACUCCCAAGGGGGAGGUGACCGACAUUGACGGCAUCUACACCUACGUGUCCGCCCCCGCCAACAAAUCGACCCACAACGCCAUCCUGUUUCUGUCCGAUAUCUUCGGUCCCAAAUUAAUCAACUCGCAAUUGAUCGCGGAUCAAUUCGCCGAUAAUGGGUACUACGUGGUGAUGCCGGAUCUUUUCAACGAUGAUCCGGUACCCGUCGAGCACGGAGAGGAUUUCGAUAUCAUGAAAUGGUUGCAGAAGCACCUGCCCCCCGUCACGGACCCGAUUGUCGAUAAGACCCUGGAUUAUAUGCGCAGUAAGCUGGGAUGUAAGCGUAUUGGCGCGGUCGGAUACUGCUAUGGUGGCAAGUAUGUCGUCCGUUAUCUUAAGCCUGGGAAGGUGGACGCGGGCUUCAUGGCUCAUCCGGUGAAUGUGGAGGCGGAGGAGUUGAAGGGUAUUCAGGGGCCGUUGAGUAUUGCUGCUGCGGUCUCGGACUUUCUCUUCCCUACGGAGAAGCGUCGCGAGAGUGAGGAUAUCCUGGCGGAGGUGGGCCAACCAUACCAGCUGUCGCUGUAUUCUCAUGUCGAGCAUGGGUAUGCUGUGCGGUGUGAUAUGGAGGUCAGGCAGCAGAGAAUUGCCAAGGAGCAGAGCUUCGCUCAGGCUGUGUCGUGGUUUCAUCAGUAUUUGAGGGAGUAAAUAUGGAGAUUGG